AUGAGCUUCGGCGGCAGCAGCUCCCUCGCAUCAGGUGCGAAGAGGCCGUUUGAGUACGGGAGAACGCAUGUGGUGAGGCCCAAGGGCACGCACAAGGCCACCAUUGUCUGGCUCCACGGCCUUGGGGACAAUGGAGCCAGCUGGUCUCAACUACUGGAAACUCUUCCCCUUCCUAAUAUAAAAUGGAUAUGCCCUACUGCACCUUCAAGACCUGUGUCAGUGUUUGGCGGGUUCCCCUCCACAGCAUGGUUUGAUGUUGCUGAUCUUUCUGAGGAUGCUCCUGAUGACAUUGAGGGGAUGGAUGCCUCAGCAGCACAUGUUGCGAAUUUGUUGUCGACUGAACCUGCUGACAUCAAACUUGGUGUUGGUGGCUUUAGUAUGGGUGCUGCUACUGCUCUGUACUCAGCAACUUGCUUUGCUCAUGGAAAAUAUGGGAAUGGCAAUCCAUACCCUGUGAACCUAAGUCUUGCCGUUGGUCUUAGUGGCUGGCUUCCAUGUGCCAGGACCUUGAAGAACAGAAUUGAAGCCUCACCAGAGGCUGCAGAAAGGGCUUCAUCAAUACCUCUUUUGCUCUGUCAUGGAAAAGCUGACGAUGUAGUCUACUACAAGCACGGGGAGAGAUCUGCUGAUGCCUUGAAGGCAAAUGGCUUCUCCAAUGUGCUCUUCAAGUCAUACAAUAGUCUUGGGCACUACACUGUUCCAGAGGAGAUGGAUGAAGUUUGCAAAUGGCUCACAGCAAAUUUGGGGCUCGGCACUAAGUCAUCUUGA